AUGGGGUCCCUUCGGCGGGGGCUCCUGCUCCUGGGGGGCGCCUGCCUCCUACUUGUGGUGGGGGGCUCCGGCGCCUCCUCCUCCUCCUCGCACUCCCUGCGCUACUUCUACACAGGGGUGUCUGAGCCCGGCCCGGGGCUGCCCUGGUUCACCUCCGUGGGCUACGUGGACGAGCAGCCCUUCACUUACUAUGACAGCGACACAAAGAGGUACCAGCCGAAAGUCCCCUGGGUGGAAAAGGCGGUGAAGGACGACCCCCAGUACUGGGACUGGAACAGCCAGAACUUGCAGGGCUGGGAGGCGGUGUUCAGAGCUAACUUGGAGACCCUGCGGGACCGCUUCAACCAGAGCCGUGGAGGGACCCACACCUGGCAGUUCAUGUGCCGCUGCGAUUUGGGGGCGGACGGGCGGCCCAGUGGGGGGCAAUUCCAGUACGCCUACGACGGGGAGGACUUCAUUGCCCUGGACAAGGAGACCCUCACCUGGACGGCCCCCGUGCCCCAGGCCCAGAUCACCAAGAGGCGCUGGGAGACCGAGACCCAUGAAGCCCAGCGCCGGAAGUCCUACCUGGAGGAGACCUGCGUGGAGUGGCUGCGGAGGUACCUGGGCUACGGGAACGAGACGCUGCUGAGGACAGAGGCUCCAACAGCGAAGGUAGCUCGCAAGGCAGGCUACGAUGGCCGGGAGUCCCUCAUCUGCCGAGCCCACGGUUUCUACCCCAGGGAGAUUGAGGUCACCUGGAUGAAGGAUGGGGAGGACCGGAAACCAGACACCUUCACGGGGGGUGUCUUCCCCAACUCUGACGGUACCUACCACACCUGGCUCAGCAUCGAAGUGGACCCCAAGGAGAGAGACCUCUACCGGUGCCGGGUGGAACAUGACGGCCUGCUGGAGCCCCUGGACUUGGCCUAUGAAGAUCCAGCAUCCAACAUGGGGCUCAUUGUGGGCAUCGUCUUGGCGGUUCUGGCUGCUCUCAUCCUGCUGGGGAUCGGGGUUGCCUGGUACUGGAAACGGCAAAAGAAGGGUUACAAAGCAACAUCAAGAAGUGACCAGGGGUCUGACACCUCCACCAAUGGGAGGGUGGCGCUGCUGUCCCGGUGCCAGGCGCUGCACAGAUUGCCGCAGAGAUGCAAUGCAUCUCCUGCCCCUGCAAAACUAGGUUUCUGA